CAAACUCAACCACAAAUCAAACUCAACCAGCACCCAGUGGAGAUCGGAGAGAUGGAGACGCGUGGAGCGAGAGAAAAAGCACUUUGCUGUCCGGAACGAGAGACGCUGAAAAAAAAGAUGAUCCGUUAAAGAAAAGACUGCGUCAUGGCUCAUAUCCUAUCGACGGAGAAGGAUUUUAGUUCACCCAACGGGAACAGAGAUGCGAACCUCGUUGCUUAUUAACGGGCGGUUCCGUGAUCCAAACAGUACAACUCUGCCCGUGAACGGGGCACGGGACGCAGCGCCUGUGCUAGGCAUCGCACUCUGGCUAGGUGUGGUUUCACAACACUUGGAUUAGCCUACCUAGUUCUUAUUCCACACAGUCGUUCAUAAUUGAAGCUGAAGCCGUCGGGGAUGUGCUAGUCAUCUCGUCGCAACAAAGGGAAGGGCGGCUUUCAGUAACCAUGAGGGCUAUAUCGGCGAAUUUACUUGCACUUCUCUUUCUCUGCACUUGUGCCAGUGUAUUCUACGUCUGGAGCAGAUUGGAGAGAUACAACACGGGACUACAGUUAACGAGUAGGGGGUCCGCUCACAUUGGGCCAUCCCCGGACCUCUCUGCUAAAACUUUCCGGGCUUUGCUCGCGGUUCCAGUAGCACAGAGACUGCAUUUGGGGGGCAUACUGGAUGCCCACAAUCUCACUGGUGUUGCGGAUCAAACUGGCUCUUUAGGAAUCAGAGAUUACCAUAUGAAUGUAGAUAACAAGGGGUCAGCACAGAGGGGGGUCCCGGACAAAUUGGGCUCUCCGGUUGAGGGAAUUUUUUGGAGUGAAUGGCUUGAGGAUAGGUUUCCCGUCAGCUUCAGUGAGGAACAUGCCCGGGCAUGGAGAGGGAGAGCCCGGGGACAUCGGAUUGUCAGACUGGAGCCGGGCUGUGGGAGAAUAUCUAAUCAACUGGCCACUUUUUCGGACCGAUCCAAAGCAUGCGUGCGUUAUGGAAUAAACGCGGACCAGGUGCAGGGGGAAACUUUGACUUAUUACCUGGCUAGUUUGCUGGGUAUUACAAAUCUGCCGCCUCUCAUCCUCGCCCAGUUGAACGUUGACAGUGAACAAUGGGCUUCUGUGAGAAGAAGAAUAGGAGGUUUACAGUGGAGUGAGCGGGCGGUGGUCUCGCUCACCCAGUGGGUCGCCAACCUGACAGGGGUAAUCACACCUGCGCCGCUGCGCCAAGAGAGCAAGGGGCUGCGUCCACUACGGGGAGAGCUGGGGAACAAGACGACGGCGGAGCUGCUCGAGCUAAUGCAGUGGACAGACCUGAUAAUAUUGGACUACCUGUCUGCUAACUUCGACAGGCUCGUUAGCAACCUCUUUAGCCUGCAGUGGGACUCGCGCGUGAUGGAGAGGGAGACCAACAACCUGCUCAGAACACCCCGUGGCGACCUGGUUUUCAUCGACAACGAGGCAGGGCUUGUGCACGGUUACCGUGUACUGGAUAUGUGGGAGAAGUACCACAGCACCGUCUUGGACUCGGUGUGUGUGUUCAGAAAGAGGACAGUACAGCGUGUUAUAGAACUGCACCGGCGCAGGGACACCAGGACUCGGCUGCUCGAGCUAUACAGAGACAGCGAACCAUUGUCUCCGGAAUUAGGGUUUCUCUCUGAUGAACAUGCGGGAGUACUACAGAGUCGAAUAAGCAGAUUAUACAAACACAUAUUGCAUUGCAAGGUGAAGUACCACCAGCUGGGCGUUUAGUUUUGAUUCCUCUCAUUUUGAGGUUCUGUAUCUGGCAUCUGCUCCACAGAAUGACGUGUGCUGCAAAUCAGUAACCACACACCUGUACUAGAUUAAUGCGCGUCAAUUGAAACAGUUUUUUAAUAUAUUGAUGAACUACCUCUUGUGAAAACAACGUUUUGCCUACUUUAUAUGUCUGCAUAAAUAGUCACAUUGACGUUGAUUUUUGGCUUCGUGCAGGAUGGGUCAUAAUUUAUUUUCAGCCAGCCUCAAAACAUAGCUGCAGGAAUAAUGUGAUAUGAGCCAAUGCAUCUUUGUAGCUAUUUAGGAGCCAAUGCAUCUUUGUACCUGUUUAGGAGCCAAUGCAUCUUUGUAGCUAUUUAGGUUUAAUGGUCAGCCUUCAACCUCAGGAGUUUGAUAGGCUACACAGCUGUGAUUAUUAAUAGGAAUAAACUAUUGUGGUGUAAGGGGGGAUAAUGAAUAAUCACUUCGUAUCAUCUGUAUUCACAAGGUGCAAUGUGUUCAAUAAUCUCCAUAGGAAACUGGAUUGCUUGAUAAUGAGAACCAGGCCUUAAUAGGUUACUCCUAAAAAGUUUUGUAUUUGUUGCCACAAAAAUGUAUAAUGUAGACUUUGUCACCUGUCUCACUCCUUUUAUAGAAGCUCUAGCCUACUGUACAAUCAAUUGUCAUUGCAAACACUUUCAUGUAUCUGGUUGUCUUGUGAUUGUAUCUUCUGCCUUAAUGUCAGUGGUGUAGUGGGGGAUAUAUGCAGGUAGCAGAUAUAUGCCAUUUACCCACUUUUUCCCCGUGGGCAUUGCGUAUACUCACUACUUAAUCCCCACUGAUGCGUAACAAAGUAGUAUAGUGAAGGUAUAUGCCAUAUAAAUUAUGUAGUACAAUAGAUACGUUAUUCACAAAGUAGCCUACACAAUCGUAAUAAAGCAUGUGAAAUAUAUGCACAUGCGCGCCGCACACAUAGCUACACUGAAUAUAAACGCAACAUGUAAAGUGUUGGUCCCAUGUUUCAUGAGCUGAAAUAAAAGAUCCCAGAAAUGUUC